UUGAAGAGAAAAAAAUUGCUAAUGAAUCUGAAGGAGUAGGAAUCAAUAGAGGCAGACCCACUGGUUUCUGAGUAUGACAGGUUUCUAAUCAGAAUGAUGCAUUAGGUAGAAUUCCUGUACCUCUCUGGUCGUUGAAAACUUUAAUGACAAACCCAAAGGGAUAGCUGGUAAGACAUUUAGGGUAGUAUACAGUAUUUAAGGGUCAAGAAGGUCAUGAAGUCCUAAUGGAAGUGCUUCAAUAUAUUAAUAUUGUAUUAAGUCCCAUUGGGCUGUUUUUAUUAUUAUUCACGAAUUAAACUCAAAGGAAGAAACACCUUUUUGGAGGCAUUGGAUAGCAAGCAGGGCAAAAAGGCAACCACAGCUUUAGAUGUGUAACUCACUAAAUCAUAAAGGCAAGGUGAAUUUGACUAAGGUGCAAUUGUGAUGUGGCACAAGGUGAUCACUUGAAAGCCAUCUGUUAUCUUUCUUGGCAGAUUUAGUUCCUGGGAAAUGGCACUUCCUUUCUCGAUCACUGCCAACUAAUUGAAAACACGUUGUUGUUAGGUGUGUGAUAUAGUUCAAGUUUCUAGUAGUAGCAGCCAAUGGGGCAGAAGUCAUAUCUUACUAAGAGCAGCAACAAGUUGACCGCCGUGGUUUUAAUUCUGAGAACUCAGCAAAUGCUACAGUUUAUUUUUAGUACCCUCAAACCACUGCUGCUGUUUUUCAAUUCAUUUUGGUUGACUAACAUUGAAUUUAAAAUACAGUGGUGUUGGCUUUCUAUUAGCAUAUGGUUAUCCCUCUCAGAAAACUGCCCACUAGAAAAUGAACUGGUGGGGCAAAAGAAAAGACGAAAGGAGAAAGGACAAGGAGCUGGUGGUGUCACAUGAUUUACUGGUGGCAUGAAUUACAGCUGCUGUGGCAUCUGAAUUUCCAAAUCUUGAUGUAGCUUAAGAAACCUGAUUGAAAAUCCUAAGUCAGCCUUCGGAAGAAUACGUUGGUUUGAAACAACACAGUAUGAGAUUUAGAUGAUGGUAAUUGCUUUCAGAUAGGUUAGAGAUGCCCAUGAUAGUUCUUUUUCCUGCUUUAUUUACCCCUAUUUUUAAUCCUAAGGGAAAAUGGGAAAUUAUGUGAAAACUGAAAUUCAAAAAGUGGGCAUGGAUGUAUUGUUUGGCAUGAAUCAGCCUAGCCCAUGAGUUUAUACUGCCUAAUUCCCCAAUUAAUCAGGCACUUUGUCUUGAAAAAUACAGCAUUGUAGUUCUCUUUUAAAGCACACUUACCAUUGUGUGGAUCAUGAAUAAUUCAGAUGACACAAGCAAUUCACACCUGUGAGAGGUGUUGGGCAGAAAGAAUAGAGUCUAUUUGUGGUGGCAGCUGGGCUCUCUCAGGGGAAGGCCAGAAUCUGAGAAAUUAGGGCACUCCGUCAAUGUAUUAAUCACUAUUUUCAAGGGCCUACUAUGUGCCAGGCAGUAAGUUAUAAACCUCAGCUUCAAGAAGGCUAAGGGGGAAAGAUAAUUGUAGGAUUCCCUCUAGCUCUGAAGUUCUGGAAGUAUUGUCUUUUAAUUCUGGCUUCAUCACCGACCGGCUGGGUAUCUUGGAGUGAGUUACUUAACUUCUCCAAGCCUCAAUUUCCUCUUUUGUAAAUGAGGCUGAUACUGAUGAUAAGACCUACUUCGUAGAGUGUCUUGGGGAUUGAAUGAGAUAAUGUAUGUGGAGUAUUUAGCACAGGGCCUAGCAUUUAAUAAAUGCUUAAUGUGAAUAAAUUUUACUUCUUUGAGGAAUGAAAAAGAAGGCAUUCACGGGCUCAGAAUUUAGGUGCAGACAUGAAUCCAACACACAAUCCACUUCUUUCAUCACAUGUUAAAUUUGAUCCUGAAUUUUGGGCUUCAUUAAAUAAGCACGCGAGUGUUUUCCAGGUUUCAGGCAUAGCCCUGAGUGUUUGGCAUGGAAAGAUGAGUCAAGAUCCUUUUCCCUUAUCAUCCAGCAGCCAAGACAAACAUGCAAACAGCAACCUCUAUUCCAGUUUGAUAAAACAAAUUCUGUGGAGAAGGGUGCAGAGGAGAGGAAUUGACUUAGUCAAAUUAGAGGGGUCAGUGGAAAUGUCAUAUGAGUUGGGCCUUGAAAGCUGAGUAGAAUUUUUCCGGAAAACAGACGGAGAAAAAGACAUUUCAGGAAGAGAGAAGAGCUUAGGUAAAGGCCUGGAGAUGGAUGCUGAAGAAUACCAGCCUCCGAUAUGGAAAUCAUACUUAUAUCAGUUACAGCAAGAGGCACCUCGUCCCAAGAGAAUCAUUUGUCCUCGGGAGGUGGAAAACAGACCAAAGUAUUAUGGAAGAGAGUUUCACGGGAUCAUCUCUCGGGAGCAGGCGGAUGAGCUUCUUGGAGGCGUGGAGGGUGCCUACAUCCUUAGAGAAAGCCAGCGGCAACCAGGAUGCUACACGCUGGCUCUCAGGUUUGGAAACCAGACCUUAAACUACAGGCUCUUCCACGACGGGAAACACUUUGUGGGUGAGAAGAGGUUUGAGUCGAUUCACGAUCUGGUGACAGAUGGCUUGAUAACACUGUACAUAGAAACAAAAGCUGCCGAGUACAUUUCAAAAAUGACAACUAACCCCAUCUAUGAACACAUUGGAUAUGCCACCCUACUCAGAGAAAAAGUAUCCAGAAGGCUGAGCAGGUCUAAAAAUGAACCAAGAAAAACAAACGUCACACAUGAAGAACACACGGCGGUGGAAAAGAUCUCCUCCCUGGUUCGAAGGGCUGCCCUCACACACAACGACAACCACUUCAAUUAUGAGAAGACACACAACUUUAAGGUCCACACGUUCCGAGGCCCACACUGGUGUGAAUAUUGUGCCAAUUUCAUGUGGGGGCUCAUCGCCCAAGGGGUCCGGUGCUCAGACUGUGGAUUGAACGUACACAAACAGUGUUCCAAGCACGUUCCCAAUGACUGCCAACCUGAUCUCAAGAGGAUCAAGAAAGUGUACUGUUGUGACCUCACAACACUUGUGAAGGCUCACAACACUCAGAGACCCAUGGUGGUAGACAUAUGCAUUCGGGAAAUUGAAGCAAGAGGAUUAAAAUCGGAAGGCCUUUACAGAGUCUCUGGGUUCACUGAACACAUUGAAGAUGUCAAAAUGGCAUUUGACAGAGAUGGUGAAAAGGCCGAUAUAUCUGCCAAUGUCUAUCCAGACAUAAACAUCAUCACUGGAGCCCUUAAACUGUAUUUCAGAGACUUACCCAUCCCUGUCAUCACAUACGAUACCUAUUCCAAAUUUAUAGAUGCAGCAAAAAUCUCCAAUGCAGAUGAGAGGCUGGAAGCCGUCCAUGAAGUGCUGAUGCUGCUGCCUCCUGCCCACUAUGAAACCCUCCGGUACCUAAUGAUCCACCUCAAAAAGGUUACUAUGAAUGAAAAAGACAAUUUCAUGAAUGCAGAAAAUCUGGGGAUCGUGUUUGGGCCCACUCUGAUGAGGCCCCCUGAGGACAGCACCCUUACCACCCUGCAUGAUAUGCGGUACCAAAAGCUGAUUGUGCAGAUUUUAAUAGAAAACGAAGACGUUUUAUUCUAAUCCAUCAGGGAAAUGAGCUGAAUGGCCCCAGCCCCAUCCAAGUUGACAAAGCAAAAGGAAUAAAAACAUUUCUUACCACUUGAUUUGUUUUCCAAGCAAGUGCUAGAAUUUGCUGGACUGCAGAGGAUCACUGAGUGGGGUACUGUGUCUCAUAGACAUGCGCCACCUCCACGUGAGAACAAGGGUGAAGGUGAGGGAAGCCCCUCACCUUGGGUCUUUUGCUGUGCCUCCUAUGUAUGUCUGGUUUGCUGGAAGAGUGAUUAAUACAUCUUUAAUUUAUUAAAAAACAAUGUAGACCUUUAAACUUCAGUCUUAUUGGUAAUAAAAGGGAACUUAAUUCAUACAGGUACUUGAUACAGUUAUACAUUUUCCACUUACAAAAUUGAUACAGCUAUACAUUUUCCACUUACAAAAAGAAGACAAUUCUGUUAAAUGUUAAAUGAAACCUAUAUCGUAAAAUGUAUUUUUAUUUUACCCACAAGAAUGUUAUUUUUAGCAAAUAGAACUCAAUGCAGUGCAUUGGUUAUUACCCUGUGUACCUUGUCCCUCAUUUUGCUGUGACACCCUGAAAAAGUUGACCACAAAUGCAGUAUUAUCUUGACAUACCUCUGUCCUCCUCAGUGCUUUUCAAUGAAAUUUCACCUGCCCCUUGUGUUCCUGCUUUUGACAGUUUUUGCUCUUAAGCAUUGGCAUUCUUCUAUUGUAUGGUAUAUAUUUAUAGCAAUUGUAGGAUGGUCUGAAAUGUCCACAAACUUUCUAUUCAUACAAAUUUUGUAAAUUCCCAAAGUAUGCUUUGGAAUUGGUCAUAGUCUUUUCGUAUCAUGAUAGUCUUUUCGUAUCAUGAGUAUGUAUCUUCGUAUCAUGAGUAUGUAUCCCAGAAGAUACAGAAUGCGGUCAUUUUACCUGAAAUUAUUUGAGAACACUGGAUGUAUCUGGUCUGUGUAAAAAGUUAGCACUUUCCCUCUUUUCUUCCCGGCCAAGUCCUCUGAAUUCAUCUGUUAAUAUCAAAUUGUAUUUUUGCCACAUUUCUGUAUUGGUGAAAAGCGAAUCUGCAGAAUAAUUGUCAAUGUUUUUCAUUCUUGUUUUACAAACCUAUUUUUUAAAGUGAGAAUAAGGUUGGUUUUUACCAAAUAUUUGUUCCUCCUUGACAAAAGUAGCUCUGUGUGGAUAAUAUGAUUUUAUUACUACAGUUCCAUUCACUUGGUUAUAUUUAUCUUAGCAUGAGCCUUUCACACCAAGAUUUCUAUAUUUUGUAACAUAGGUGAAAUAUUUAAAACAUCAAAAACUGUAAAUCUAGAUUUUUAAAAAAUCCAACUGCAAUGUCUUUUCCUUUGAUUGAGAUGAUUUGUGUAAACUCACCAGUCUUGCUUUGGAGUGAGCAGAAGAGAAUGACUAUUUUACGUGGAGCAUCAUUGUGUGACUUGACCUGGACAGUCCCAGGGGCUAUGCAGAUGGACUCCAUUGGCACAGGGAGGUUUGACCUCUUCCCUGCUAUUAUCCCUCCUCCCAACUGUACAGAUUUGUUUGUUGUAGUUUAUGUACUUCUUGAUACUGUCAAAAAAUUAUCUGGAAAUGGUUUUAUUUUGUGAAGUGAACAAUACUUUGUAAUUUAUGAUAGUGUAAAUGGAAGGCAAAGCAUCACAUGUAUUAAAUUCUUCUGUCUAUUA